CUCGACUGACUCCCUACUCGCCGCCCGCAGCCCGAAACGCGCGGCGAGCUCUACAUGUUCCAGUUCCCGCGCAAGUUCCCCGUCUUUGCGCCCGAGACGCCGGCCGACACCACCGCCACCGCCACCGGCGCCUCGUCGUCGUCGUCGGCGGCAGCCGUCAAGCCCGACCCGGACGCGCCCGCCGCGCUGCGCAAGCCCGCCGCGCCGGCGUGGGGCCGGUUCGGCUCGCGCGCCGAGAAGGCGAGCCGGUGGACCGAGCACGAGGGGAGGAUCGGGCAGCUCCGGGUGCACGAGAGCGGCAAGGUGACGCUCAGGAUCAAGGGCGACUUGCGGUACGAGGUCCUCCCCGCCGCGCAGCCGUCGUUCCUCCAGGAGGUCGCCAUCCUCGACCACCGCGCCGCAGCCGGGUCCGCGUCGGCCUCUGCGGCCAACGGCAACGGGCACUCGAACGGCAACAAGCCCAAGCACCGCCGCCGCUCGGCCUCGGCCUCGUCGGGCUCGUCGUCAUCAUCUUCCUCCUCGGCGUCCGACACCGACAAGCCCUCGCGUUCCAAGGCCAAGGCGCGCCGACCGGUCCCGCCCGAGUCGCUCGUCGUCCUCGGCCAGACGCAGAAAAAGUUCCUCGUCGUGCCCGACAUCAACGACCUGUUGGCGUCUGUCGCAAAGCAGGAAAAGGACGAGCGCGACGAGGAGAGGAGGGUCAAGCUUGAGCGGGCGAGGGGCGCGAGUGGGGCGGCGAGCGGGGCGGCCGGCAAGGGGAGGAGGUAGACGAGGGACGAGGACGCCGUGUGGAACGCUGGUGAUCACGAACC